GCAAUAUUGCAAUCUCUCUAGAUAUAAAAAUCAGAUGAUCCAAAAAAAAAAAUCAGCUAAAGCCUAAAAUAGCAAAGGAGAACAUUUAUUGUGGAUGGAUGAAUCCAUUAUCCAUGCCAAGAACAUGGACGAGAGAGUUGAGUGCAUCAAUAUGGUAGAAGAAGCAGAUAUAAUAGCCCCACUGCUUAAAACUUUAACAGAAGAUGGCAAUAAAGAACAUGACAGGAAGAUCCAGAGCAAGGAAAAUAGAUGGGUAGUUUACCUGUGCACAAUGGUUUCCAUCUGUGGGUCUUAUUCAUUCGGAUCUUGCGUAGGCUACUCGUCGCCAACACAAUGUGCCAUCAGGGAAGAUCUGCAUUUAUCCCUAGCAGAGUACUCACUCUUUGGCUCCAUUUUGACGUUUGGCGCCAUGAUUGGAGCAAUAACUAGCGGCCCCAUUGCUGAUUUCUUUGGCCGCAAGGGGGCCAUGAGGAUGUCGGGCACCUUCUGUGUGGCGGGAUGGCUGGCCAUUUACUUUGCCAAGGGGGCUGUGCCGAUGGACAUCGGAAGGUUGGCAACAGGAUAUGGGAUGGGAGUUUUUUCAUAUGUGGUGCCUGUGUUUAUAGCUGAAAUUGCACCCAAAGAUCUAAGAGGAGCAUUGACAACCUUAAAUCAGCUUAUGAUAUGCACUGGAGUAUCAGUUGCAUUCAUUUUAGGGACAGUUCUAACAUGGAGGACAUUGGCGCUAACUGGGAUAAUCCCAUGUGCGGUUCUUGUUAUGGGCCUCUUUAUCAUACCAGAGUCUCCUAGAUGGCUGGCAAAAACUGGGCAUCAAAAGGAGUUUGAGAAUUCGCUACAAAGACUUCGUGGGAAGCAUGCCGACAUUUCUGAAGAGGCAGCUGAAAUCAUGGAUUACAUUGAAACACUUGAAAAGCUCCCAAAAGCUAAAUUACUCGAUUUGUUGGAGAGAAGAUACUUGCGCUCUGUCACUGUGGGAUUCGGACUAAUGGUGUGCCAACAAUUUGGUGGAAUUAAUGGAGUAUCUUUCUACGCUAGCAGCAUAUUUGAGUCCUCAGGGUUUCCUUCAGAUUUAGGAACUAUAACCUAUGCCAUAAUCCAGAUUAUUAUCACCGCAUUAGGUGCAACGUUAAUCGACCGAGCAGGAAGAAAGCCUCUGUUAUUGGUGUCUGCAACAGGACUUGUCAUUGGUUGUACACUGACAGGCAUCUCAUUUUAUCUUAAGGGACAUGAAAUAGCUGUUAGCGCAGCACCAUUACUUGCUGUGACGGGCAUACUGGUGUACAUUGGGUCAUUUUCUGCAGGAAUGGGAGCAGUCCCAUGGGUAGUGAUGUCUGAGAUAUUUCCUAUUAACAUAAAAGGAACUGCUGGAAGCCUUGCAACACUAGUAAAUUGGUUUGGUGCAUGGCUAUGCUCCUACACUUUCAACUUCCUCAUGACAUGGAGCUCGUUUGGUACCUUUGCUCUGUAUGCAGUAAUGAAUGCACUUGCCAUCUUGUUCAUCAUCAAAGUAGUCCCAGAAACGAAAGGGAAAACAUUGGAACAACUACAAGCUGCUAUCAAUGCAUAAUAAUACAAUACUAUCCUCAAUUCUUUUGGCCUUUUUUAAAAAUAAAUUGUGUUAAAUCAUCAAUAAAUCUCAGGGUAUAUCCGUGCAUUGAAUUGAUGUGAAUAUGUCAUGUGUGAUAAAGCUAAAAGUUAUGCUUCUGGUAUACCAAAUUGUACCACGAGCCAUGUACACACCGUCCCUCCUCUAUCACAAUUUGGAUCCUGGAAAAGAAAUGGGUGUCGGAGGG